AUGGAUAGUAAAGGCGUUCAACGUAAGAGCGAACGCUCAAACAAAGGAGUACCUCCAUCACGUUUUGGAUUUCCGGAUAUUCGAAUUGAAAAUAUCGGAUCUGAAGAUGGUGCAAUUGGAGGCAACAGUACCGUGGAAAACCAACCUAAUGAAGGUGCAAUUGGGAUCGGGGAUCAAACAACCAUUGAAAAGACUGUGAUCCAGUCAAAGAAAUAUGCUAAGUCUGUCUUGUCGAAAAGCGGUUCAAAGAUGAGCAGACGUAGUACAAGAGAGAUUCAACAUAUAAAAGAAACCAUGGAAAUUGAAGCGGAGCUCCAUGAACUCGAAAUGAUGGAGAUAAAAAGGAAGAAAGAUUUCCUUUUACGAAACAAGCAGUUGAAAAUGGAUCUGAAGCAAGAAGAAGACGCGAUGUCCAGUAUCGACGAUGAACUUGAAGAAGCGGAUGAUCCGAUUAUGCAGCCACUGGGAUAUGACCAGCGUAAAAGAAACGUAAGGGAAUGGAUAAACAAUAUGGAAGAUCCGAUUCAUUUCGGCAACUGCCGUCAUCAACAAAAUCUGGAGAGCACACGCCAGAACCAAUUCGAAACUUCUGUUCACAACGAUGUGUUGAUCGCAGCUUUCAAGGCACUGGAAAUGAAGGAAGCCAAAGACCUUCCAAUAUUCAGCGGAGAUGUUGUUUUGGAGUGGCCUAACUUUAUUAGCGAAUUUCGACGAUCAACCGAAGAAUUCAAAAUCACACCGAACCGAAAUUUGCGUCGCUUGAAUAAGGCACUUACGGGAGCAGCACGAACAAGUGUGCAAACACUGUUAACGUCGCCUGACAACAUUGAGCAAAUCAUUUCGCAUUUGGAAACGAGUUUUGGUCGCCGCGAGUGGAUCUUGGAACACUUGGUGCUAGAAUUACGCAGCUUACCAGUCAUGAAAGAAGAAAACAUCCAUCAAUUCAAGCUCUUCUACAGUAAGCUAUUUGGUGCUGUAACAACGAUUAACAACAUGAGAGCUCAUAACUAUCUGGAUAAUCCCGAAUUGCUAGUAAAUCUAGAGGACAAAUUGCCACCUACCACGAAGAAUUUCUGGAUCCAUUUCAAGGCCGAAUUAUUGCGACGACGGACAAAGGUAAAUAUCGAAGCUUUAGGCGAUUGGUUCAAGUACGAAUUAGAUGCACAAUUUGCUGGGUUGUCGGUAAAGGACGUUAUGAAGAAAUCAAGCAAAGCUACAGUCCUGGCUAUUGAUUCGCUACCAACAAAAAGAGAAAAAUGGUGCCAUAAAUGCAAAGGAGCAGUUGGACACUAUUUACAAGAUUGCAACGACUUCAAAAAGCUAACAAUCGACAAGCGCAGAGAUUUCGUCAGGCAAAAUAGUAUUUGCUUCAUGUGCUUCAGAAAAGGACACCAAGCUAGCGUUUGUCGGAAAAAGGAUUCAUUGCCGAAAUGCUCCAAGUGUAACAAAGAUCAUGCUGAUAUAUUGCAUGCCGACAACGCCCAAGUCAACAUCGUUCAAAAUACCGAAAAUAACGUCAAAGAAGUCCGCUGCAUCCAAACAAGUGAUGUUCUGCUGAAGAUAGCGAUGGUCGUUUUGAAAGGUCCAUUGAAAACCAUGAUCGUUCCAGCAUUCUUCGACGAAGGUUCAACAGCAACAAUGAUGGACGAGGAUUUAGCAAACGAUUUGGGUUUGGAAGGAGCGACUAGUCCUAUUACAUACCGUUGGACAAAUGAUAUCGUCCGGACAGAUAACGAGUCACGAAUCGUAAGUGUAACUGUGUCUCCGGCAAAUCAAAUUGGAAAGUUCUACGAUCUAACGAACAUACGAACGGGUAAGAAUUUGGCGCUACCAUCUCAAAAAUUCGACGUCAAUCAGAUUUUGAAACUGCAUCCAUAUCUGCGUGGAGAAGAACUACAAGCUAUUUCAAACGUUCAACCGUUACUAUUGAUUGGAUCGAAUAAUGGACAAUUGACUGUAUCAUUGAAAACAGUUCAACACCGGAUCAAUGGACUAAUCAAAUGUAAGUCUCGUCUAGGAUGGACGAUCCAUGGACCUAUCUAUGAACACGAAGUAACGGAAUCGACAUUAGCCGUUCAUGUAUGUGCACACAACAUUUGGGAAACAGAAAAAGAAGAGAACUUGAGCGAUCUGAUCAGAAAGUCAUAUGAAAUUGAGGAUUUCGGUAUAAAGACGGAGACCGAAAAAUUGUCAGAAGCGGACGAAGCUGCAUUGAAUAUCAUGCGAAGUACAAUGAAGAAAGUUGGAGACAAAUUCGAAAUUGGACUUCUGUACAAGAAUCCGGACCAGAAAUUUCCAACGGAAGAAAGCAAACAAAUGGCGAUGAAACGUUUACACUUGAUUGAGAAGAAAAUGGAUCGCAACGAAAAGUUCGCCGACGAAUACAUUCAACGAGUGCAAGAUUACGUGAGAAAGGGGUACGCAGAAAAGCUGACUGGAGAUGAUAUGAAAGAAACUGCAAACACUUAUUAUCUACCUCACUUCGAUGCAUACCACCCAAACAAACCAGGGAAAUUUCGUUGGGUCAUGGACGCAAAGGCUAAAGCGGGUGAGUAUUCGCUAAACGAUUUACUGCUUCAAGGUCCAGACUUGGUGCCAUCAAUGCUGGCAGUUAUCUGGCGAGCACGCUUGAAACCGAUUGGGAUGAAUUCCGACAUCACCGAAAUGUUCCAUCAAGUUGAGAUUCGUAUUCAAGAUCGAAACAGUCAACGAUUUCUAUUCCGAGGGAAGGAUAGAAAUAGAGCACCUGACGUAUUUAGAAUGAAGGCAAUGAUAUUUGGAGCUAAUUCAUCACCGUCAUGUGCGCAGUACGUAAAAAACGAAAAUGCAAAGACCUACGAAAAGGAAUUUCCCGGCGUUGAACGUGCAAUUGUGAAACAGCAUUACGUCGACGAUUACGUUGAUUCUACUGAUACAGUCGAAGAAGCAGUCACGCUUGCAUCAAACGUUACGACAGUGCACGAAAAGGGCGGAUUCAAACUGGUAAAAUGGAUUUCGAACUCAGAUGAAUUCAUGCGACGUAUCCCGGAAGAAAUGAGAUUGCCUAAUCAUGAUAAAGUCGAUGACGUUCGAAUGUUGGGACUCAAAUGGGACUUCAGAAACGACGAAUUAGUAUUCGAUCUGGACUUCAAGAAAUUCAACCAAGAUCUUUUGAACGGCAAAACUGUCCCAACAAAGCGACUUAUGCUGAAAUUCUUGAUGAGUAUCUUCGAUCCGCUCGGUGUGAUGGCGCCAUUAGUAAUCAAGCUGAGAAUAAUUUACCAGGAGCUAUGGCGGCUAGGAAUUGGAUGGGACGAUCAAGCACCAAAGGAAGUAUUCGAACAAUGGGUCGUAUGGCUAAACGAAACCAAAUCAAUACAACAAGUACGCAUUCCCCGUUGCUACUUUCCAGAAGUUUGUGUUUUUACGAACAUUCAGCUGCAUUCAUUUUCCGAUGCUGGCGAGAACGCAUACUGCACAAUGACAUUCAUCCGUGUCGAAAUGGUCGACAAAAUAUAUGUUGCACUUAUUCAAGCGAAAAGCAGAGUCGCACCACUGAAACCAUUGACGGUUCCACGCCUUGAAAUGCAAGCAGCAGUUUCUGGUAGUCAGCUGACUGACACAAUCGAAAAGGAAUUGGGAAUUCCAAUCAAAAAGCGAUUCUUCUGGGUCGACUCAACCCUCGUACUUGGAUGGAUUAAUACGAACCAAAAAUUAGGUCCAUUUAUCGGCAGUCGUGUAUCAAAAAUUCUUGACUGCUCCGAAAGAGAGGAAUGGUAUUGGAUUCCUACAGACAUUAAUACAGCGGAUCUGGCAACGAAAACCUCAAAUGAAGUUAAUUUGUCUAAAACUGCAACAUGGUUCAAUGGACCCGAAUUUUUACACUGGCCGGAAUCCGAUUGGCCAAAUUUCACUCCACCUCAGCCAAAAAAAGCCGAAAUUGUAAUGUUCCAUCAAGAAUUGCUGCCACCAGAGGAAGUAAUUGCAUCGAUCAGUUUGGAACAUCCAGGGCACUCUAUGCCAGACGUCAAUCGAUUCUCCAAAUACAAUCGAUUGGUACGUGCUACCGCAUACGUCCUAAAAAUGGUCAACACACUUAAAUUGACGAAGAAGAAUCGACCUGGAAAUUUAUCGAUUGAGGUACACGAUAUACGACGCGCCGAAACUCUUUGGUACAAAAAAGCUCAGUUCGAUUGUUACUCACGAGAGAUCCACGAUUUGAAAACGAAAAGCGUCGUAAAGAAGUCGAGCUGCCUUUAUCCACUCAGUCCGUACAUCAACAGUGAAGGCGUAAUCUGCAUGCGUGGUCGUAUUCCAGGAACGAACCCAAUUAUAUUGCCUCAAAACCACCGAUUCACAAAGCUGCUCAUACAGUGGUAUCACGAAAUCAAUUUACAUCAAGGAGUCGACACAGUCAUUAACCAUCUACGAGAACAAUUUUGGAUUCCUCGAUGUCGAACAACAGUACGAGAAUCAUUCAAGUCGUGCAUGAUGUGCAGAGUAAAGAAACCGAAAGUCAAACUGGUGGAAAUGGGUGACAUCCCUAAGGAACGCUCCGAGCAAUGUGAAUUUCCAUUUACGUUCACUGGUGUGGACUACUUCGGCCCAAUGAUGGUAAAGUAUGGACGGCGAUAUGAAAAAGUUUGGGGUUCACUCUUUACCUGCCUAACCACAAGAGGAAUUCACGUCGAAUUGGCAUCGUCACUCAACACCAAUUCAGCAAUAAUGGCAAUUACACGAUUCAUGAAUAUUCGGGGUGUCCCGAGGAAGGUAUUUUCCGAUCAUGGUUCCAAUUUCGUAGGAACGGAUAACGAGUUGACUGAAUUCGUCAAAAAUUUGGACCAUGAAACAAUACUUAACAAAUUGUCAGUCAGAGGAGUGGAAUGGAAAUUCAACUGUCCAGCAGCACCAAAUCGAGGUGGGGCCUGGGAACGUAUGGUUCGAUCAGUUAAGGAAGGACUGAAUGCAUUGAUAGAAACGAAAUUUCCAAGUUUUGAAGUCCUAUCGACAGCCAUCUCCGAAGUGGUGAACACCGUGAACAAUCGACCGUUGACUUACAUAUCAUCUGACGUUGACGACUUCAACAUAAAGGCAAUUACACCGAACGACAUUAUACUACUUCGAACCAACCACUCUCAAUACGAUGUCAAAAUGGAAUACAAUUUUCGGCCGACACAAACUUGGAAACUGGCACACAAAAUCGCGGACGAAUUUUGGUAUCGAUGGGUGAAAGAAUAUCGACUAUCGCUUAUCAAACGAGCAAUAUGGCCGGAUAGUCGCGACAACCCUCAUCUGAAAGUGGGCGAUUUGGUCCGAAUCGUUGACGAAAAUGAAAUCCGUGGACGUUUUCCCAAAGGAAUCAUAACGAAAGUUUUUCCAGACAAAAGGGGCAUCGUACGAACGGUCAAAGUGGACACUAUCAUCGGCAACGACAGGCGAAGCUAUACUCGGCCGAUUUCGAAAAUCGCUAAAAUCAAUCUGUCCGAAGGGUUGGAGGAUGUUGAUGUGGAAAACACCGUCGAUCAGCAUAAUCAAAGUGGGCAAUUGAAAUGA